AAUAACAAGUCGGAAGCAUCUUGUGCAAAAAGUCGCGGCGAACAAAAGAGAUCCCAGGCGCAAUUGGCAAUGCGUAGAACCCACAUAUUUGUGUCUGCACAAAGACACAUACCAGUGAAUGUGCCUGUUUAUUUGUCGAGAUGAGUGCACGAAAACGAUGAAUAAUUUGUCGAAAAACAAGAGCAAAAGCCAGACGACGCAUAAGCUUAUAAAUAGUGACAAACUUAAACAGACCUACUGUUAUUUCCCAGCUGCCCAAUCAGCCUGUCUGUCAAAGUUCUUGCAAAAGCUUUUUUCCCAGCAGACCGUGGCUAUUUGCAUGAACGCUAUUGUGGCUGAGUUGCCAGACCUGCGCGAGAAAAAGCGUAAUUCACCAACUGAGUGCUCAUGGCAUGAUUAACGAAAAGUCUGCAUAUUUCGCCGUGUGUGUGGCUGCAAAUGUUUAUAAACAAUAACUGCAAUAAUAAAAAGCAAAAUUAAUCAGAAUUAGCAAACUGUUCCCAGCGAAUACGGCAACUCUCGCGCAUAUCUGCGCUUUGGUUUUUGGAGCUGGGUAGGAGAAGAGGGCUCCUCCAAAUCUAAACAAAUUCCUUCAAUUUUCCGAAUCCGAAACCCGCAAGGAUACUGUAUAAAACCUGCACAGAACUCGAAGUUGAUAGUAAGUUAAUUUAGCGGGAGUAGUUCUCCUGAACGCUAGGAAGUGGAAGCAAAUCCUACUGCCGCUGCCGAAUAAUGAGUCGACAUGAAGGUGUCAGCUGCGAUUCGUGUCUCAAGAGUAAUUUCAACGGACGGCGUUACAAGUGCUUGAUCUGCUAUGACUACGACCUGUGCGCUGAUUGCUACGAGGAUGGCGUCACCUCCACGCGCCACCUGGUCGAGCAUCCCAUGCAGUGCAUCCUCACCCGCUCUGACAUAGAGCUUUACUUCGGCGGCGAGAUGCUGACCUCGGACCAGCCGCAGAGCUUUACCUGUCCUUACUGCAAGAAGAUGGGCUUCAGCGACGCCACACUGCUGGAGCACGUCUCCGCCGAGCACACGGAGACCAGUCUUGAGGUGGUCUGCCCGGUCUGUGCCGGCCUGCCAGGCGGCGAGCCGAAUCUAGUCACAGAUGACUUUGCCGGUCACCUCACCCUGGAGCACAGGCAGGGACCGCGCGAGCUGAUUUCCUUUUUGGACGAGCCCUCUGCCAUUCGUCAUGGCGGUGGAGUGCGCCGAAUUCCAGGACGCACCCUCGGUGGACCACGGACGCGCCGCUCCAACAUGCACUUUAGCUCAUCGAGCGGCCUGUCGGCCUUGUCGCCCUCGGGUCGGGAAUCGGUGGAUCCCAUCGCGGAACUGUUGUCGCAGCUUUCCGGCGUGCGGCGGGGUGGACCGCCCACAUCGCAGCUGCAGCAGCUACAAAUGCAGAUGCAGUUGGAUCGCCAGCAAGUGACGGCAUCGCGCCAAAUCGAUCGGCUGCCAAGGCGUGCGCAUCCCAUAGUCUCAACAUCGAACUCGAAUGCCGCCAUGGCCGAGGUGAUCAGCGGUGGAGCAGGCGGCAGUGGCGCAGUUGGAAGCGGCAGUGGUGGCGGCAGCGGGGGCACCGCACCGCCCAACCUGCGCACCACCGAGUGGCCAGUGACAGCUAGCUUCUCAACAUCGGCCAGCAAUCAUUCGCAGACUCAGUCGAGUCUGGCCGCCAACAGCCUCAAUGCCAGAGAAGCGAUCGGGACGAGCAGCAGUGGAGCCAGCAAUGCCCUGGGCAUCAGUGUCGGUGUUGGUGGAACGGCCAAUGGCAAUGGCGGAGCCGGUGCAUCCGGAGUGGGAGCUGGAGCCACAGGCAAUGGUGCGGCGGGUGGUCAGGGUGGCGCGGCAGCUGGCGAGUCCCUCUUGCUGGCCCAGUUUAUGCAGCCCACCCUCUCCGAAGCCGAGUGGGCGAUCGUGGAGAGCAUGCGAGCAGAUCGCUCCAUGUUUGUGCAGUCGUUGAUGCUCUCUAUGCUUUGCACUGAGGCGCUGGACUUAAAUGCCUCCGACGAGAGCCUGGUCAAGAGUGAUAAUGUAAAUAAGGGGCAACAGCAGCAGCAGGAGGAAGCCGAAGCCGAGGCGCAGGCGGAGACCCUGCUGAACAACAAUGCCGAUGUGGAGCAGCAGCAGCCACAACCGGCGAUGGUGCGACAGGUGAAUCAAAUGCAACAAACCUCGCCGGAGGAUUUUGUGUGCGACGAGUAUCGUUAUAAAAACAAAAAGGCCAACACAACACAAACGAGCGCCACAGGAGGCGGAGGAGCAGGAGCCACUGCAGCCCCAGGUGGGGGUGCUAGCGGAGCUGGCAGUAAGCCAACAGCUGAUAGAGGCAUCGAGAGGCGCGGCGGUCGUCCACCGCCAGCGGAGAUGGCCACGGGCUCGCAGCAGCCGCAGCAGCAGCAGCAGUCCUCUGGCAAUCAGGCAGCGUCCCAGCAGAAAUACAAACAGAGCGCUAAUGCAGCGGCGGCGGCAAACACAAAUCAAAUUCCCGACACUAGGUAGUGCCUCUGGUGAUGAUCACCACGAAUUGCAUCAACAACAACAGAAACAACCACACCCAAUGUAGCUGCAGCAGCCACAACAAAUCUAUCACCACCACCAACACCGCAACAGCAAAGAAAUCAGCAGGCAGGAGCCGAAACAGCAGAUGGAACUACAACCAACACAGCCGUUAAAUUAACAUCCGGAGUGGGGGAUAGCUGCUGCUCUGGAGGAAUCCGAUUCGUCUUAAGCAGUUGCUGACGCAUCUGCCGCAGCAAUUUCGUCAAAAGGAAAACUAUAUUAUGUAUCGUUUAUUAAAUAUAUUAAAAUUUAUAUAAUUAUAAAAAGAUGAGAGGA